CUUCGAAAAAGGCCAUCUGGCCAUGGCGGCCACGAUCGAGCGACGACUCGCACCCGACGUCGUCCAAGCGAUCGCGACCUUCCUCAGCGACGCCGACGACCUCUUCGCGCUCCUGACUGCGCUGCCACCGUGCCUCUUGACGGACGCGCUCACGAGUCUGCUGGCGCUAUCGGCCACGACACCGCGCCGCCACCUCUGGCCGACGACGAACGGCCUCCUCGCGUCCCUGCGCGACCACAUGGACCGCGUACAGAACGUUGCGCGCUGCAUGGUAUUGUACCCGAUCGUGACGUUGCAUGACCUCGACGACGCCUGGCUCGUCCCUCUCGGACCUGCUACGAGCGUUCGCAUCACGAUCGCACUGCCGCAGCACGUGGCCAUCGCAGCGUCGCUUUCGCCGCGCAUCAACUCGAUCGACCUUUGCUUCGCACACGAUGUGCAUCUGCUCGACUGCAGCUUCUCGGCGCGCGACGUCGAGCAGCUUUGCACGUGGCUGCCAACACUGCCGCAUCUGGUCCGGGUGCGCAUUGGCUCAACGGCAAGCAUGCAUAGCGUCCUCGCCGCCGUCCUCGUCUCCCGGGCCACCGAGCUCGAGCUGGAGAUGGCAUUGGGCGAUCCGUUUGCAUCGACGAUGGCGCUCACAACAUGGCUGGAGCGCGGUGAUGCGACGGCACUGACCAUCACGGCCAGCGUUCCUUUGAUGUGCACGAAUGAGCUCCUACUGGCGCUCGUGUCUCUGCGACGGCUGCGCUCUCUGCGCCUCGAGGCCACGUCCUUGUCCCAGCAACUCUGCCGCCUCGAUCAUCCUUGGCCGACAUCACUACGCUCGCUGCACCUUGCGUUUGGUAACACACACAAUUUGUGCAAGCUGGCGCAUCGGCUGGUGACGUGUCCGCGCCUGUCCUCGCUGACGCUCUCGGCGUCACGCUCGACGAUGUUGGGUCCCAUGCACCGUGUCGUCUGCGAGGCAUUGCCAGCACUGAGCCGGCUGCGGUCGCUCACGUUGACGUCGUGGCAUCUCACGCCGUCUUGCAUGCUUAGCCUCGUUACAGAGGUCGUUCCACGACUACACCAACUGUGCCUCGACGACAACGACCUCAUGGACGACGACGCGGCGGUGCUCGCAAGUAUCUUAUCUCGCGGCACGUCUCUUUGCUCCUUGCGGCUCGUGCGUCAAGGCGUGAGCGAUACGGUGGCCCUGGCGCUUGCAGGCGCCUUGCCCAUGUGCCACACGCUUCGCCAGCUAUACGUGGGCGGCAAUCGCAUUGGCUCGAUGGGAGCGAUCGCGCUGGUGCAGGCGCGUCCAGCGUCGCUACGCCUCCUUGCGCUCAACAAGAACCCGCUCUCCAGUGGCGGUAUCCUCGACAUGGCGCAGGCCGCGGCUCGGAGACAAAACUGGCCUCUCACGAUGGAUCUCUCGUCGACGCUGUCCUUAGCCGCCGACCGCACCGCGUGCCGGUCGAUCGUGCACUCCCUACUAUUACCACCCCACAUUGUCGUCCAUCUCUAG